AUGCCGCGAGAUGAUCGAUCCGGAGAGUUCACCGGUGUCUUGGGCUUCUUCAUCUGUAUCUGCACUCUGCUAGUACUGCUUCGAUGCUACUGCAAGCUGGUCCUCGUGAAGAACUUCGCGGCCGAUGACUACUUCUCUGUUCUUACCCUGGCGGCCUUCUUGGUCUAUUGUAGCUCCGCGCUGCUAGGUGUCCAGAAUGGGACCGGGAAGCGACGAUAUCUCAUCCCGGAUGAAAAGUAUCCCAUCGGUAUGAAGUGGUGGUGGACUUGCGAGCCCACAUACGUUGUCACGAAUAUCUUCCUCAAGAUGAGCAUCGGCAUCUUCCUUCUGCGCAUUGCCCAGGAUAGAACCCAUCGCAUGAUUCUUUGGAUCGCCCUCAUCGCCAUCCAAGUAUACAGCGUGUACUUCUUCUUUGUCUUCACCUUCCAAUGCUGGCCUGUCUCGUUCUUCUGGGAACAGUUCCGCGGCGGCAAAGGACAUUGCAUCCCCUCUAGGUUCGUCGUGAACUCGUUCUACGGCUACUCUGCACUGUCCUGUGUCACGGACUGGACUUUCAGUAUUGUCCCAAUCUUCAUCGUGCACAACUUGCAGAUGGACAAGAGGAAGAAGAUGACAGUGGUUGUUGUACUCGCCUGCUGCGCUAUUGGCUCCACCGCAACAGUCGUCCGCAUCCCAUUCAUAAACGGCCUCAACGAUAUACCCGACUUCCUAUACACUACCACCGACGUCGCGAUAUGGUCUACCGUCGAAACCGGAAUCGGCCUUGCGACCUCCGCCGCCGCUACGCUCCGUCCCUUGCUCCGCCAGGUGUUUGGCGAAAUUUCCACGCAUGAUAGCGCCUCUCGCAAGCACUCGCGCAUGUGGAAUUCCGCCCACCCUUCACGAUCAGGGUACCUGGAACAAGGAAGCCAGCAAGGCGGAAACGAUAUCCAGCUCAGUAAUCACGAUUCGAAACAUCAUACUGUCCAUGUUACCAGCGGGAAUGCGAGUCCGAGUGGGAGUACGAUCGAGUUGAACAUGGACUGGGAGCAGGACAAAUAUAAUGCGUCGGCUGAUGCAGCUGCAGCGGGGCACAAUGGGAUUAUGAGGACAGUGAAGAUUACGCAGAUGUAG